AUGGAACCCAUUGAUACUCAACAUCUUCUGGAACUCGACGAUGAAGCAGACGAAAGGAGAAGGUUGGGCGAAGAUGCCGUUCCAGUGGUCGUCACUCAUGGCAUCGACGACAGUUGUUUCAAUCCUGGCAUGAUCUCCUACACCAAGUUUGCCAGCUCAGUGCUGGGAGGGGUUUAUGGAAGAUGUGUGCCCACUGGAGAUUCCAAGACAUCAGACACUCUCAAUGGAUACUUUAAGUCCAUGGACUGGAACGUGGCAGAGUUUGCUUCCAGAGUCAGAGCAGACCCCAAGUUGGCAAAUGGAUUCCAUGCCAUUGGCAUGUCUCAAGGCAACUGCGUGCUAGCUGGAUAUAUCAAGCAAUUCAAUGAUCCGCCCGUCAAGAAAUUUAUCUCUGUCAAUGGAGUAAAUGCUGGGAUUGCUGCCGUACCCAAAUGCAUUCCCAAGAAGCGCUUGAGCACUAUCUCUCAAAACAUGUGCGAGCUGCUCAUGGAAAUGGCUAGCAAGCGUGCAUACACCACAUUUGCACAACAACACUCGUUCCAGUCGGGAUAUUGGAGAGACCCUAGACCAGUAGAGAGAAAGGCAUACCAGACCUACAGUACAUUGGCUCGAUGGAACAAUGAUGGCUUUCACGUCAACGAAACCAUCAAGGAGAAUUGGCUGAAAACGGAAAAGUUUGUAUGGGUCCUGGCAGAACAAGAAACCACAGUGUGGCCCAAAGAAGGGGAGCACUGGGGGGCACCGGAUCCAAAAGACCCAUUCAACCACAUGCUCCUCAUGAAUCAAACCGAAUGGUACCAGAAGGAUUUGUUUGGGUUAAAAACUGCGCAAGAAGCAGGAAAGAAUGCAUUCGAGUCCUUCAAUGGUGAUCACAUGGGCUUUACACACGAAGAAUGCAAACGAUGGAUAGAAACCUAUUUGAAAUGA